ACGAUGGCUGGGUGCUGCAAGAACAUCCGUGGCGGGUCUCGGGCGCUGCGCGCAGCCUCAGCUGUCCUCAUCGGCCGCUGUCCGCGGUCCACCGUGGCUGCCCCGGAGCCGCUCCUUGCCGACACCGCUGCCCCUGCCGCCCCCUCGCCUCCCCCAGCUGCCGUAGCAGCUGCAGCCCCCGCCCCAACCCCCGCCGCUUCGCCCGCGGCUCCCACGCACGAUGCCUGCCGUCCCCAGCAGCUGCCGCCGCCGCCCGCCGUGGACUUCUCCGACACGCAGGAGGCUUUCCGCAGCAAGAACAGCGGCGAGCUGGCCCGCGGCCUCCUGGUGCUGGGGCUGUGCUCCGUCGGGCCGCUGGUGGAGCGCGCCCAGCAGCUGAUGAGCCUCAGCCGGAAGCUGCUGGGGCAGCAGCUCUUUGAGAUCUUGAUGAAAAUGACUUUCUAUGGGCAGUUUGUGGCUGGGGAGGACCGAGAAGCCAUCAAGCCUCUUAUCCAGCAUAACCUUGCAUAUGGCGUGGGCUCCGUGCUGGACUACAGUGUGGAGGAGGACCUAACCACAGAAGAGGCCGAGAAGAAGGAACUGGACUCCUGUACCUCUGCGUUUGAGAAAGAGACCGGCAAGCAGAGAGAAAAACGAUACCGCGCACAUCGUAGAUUUGGUGAUCGACGGGCUGGUGUCAUUAGUGCCCGCACCUACUUCUAUGCAGAUGAAGCUAAAUGUGACAGGCAUAUGGACACCUUUCUACAGUGCAUAGAAGCCUCAGCUGGCAGCUCAGAAGAUGGUUUCUCGGCUAUUAAACUGACCGCAUUGGGAAGGCCUCAGUUCUUGCUGCAGUUCUCAGAGGUAUUGGUGAAGUGGCAGAGGUUCUUCCAUCAGAUGGCUGCAGAGCAGGGCAAGGCGGGUCUCGCAGCCCUGGAGACAAAGCUGGAGGUGGAAAAGCUGCAGGAGGCUCUGGCCAAGCUAGGAGUCGCCACCAAGGCGGAGAGCCAGCACUGGUUCACUGGUGAGAAGCUGGGCGAGUCUGGAACAGUGGACUUGCUGGACUGGAACAGUUUGAUUGACACCCGGACUAAGAUUUCCAAACUGCUGCUCAUUCCAAACAUGAAGACAGGGCAGCUUGAGCCCUUGCUGUCUCGCUUCACAGAGGAGGAGGAGAUGCAAAUGAAACGGCUGCUGCAGAGAAUGGAUGUCCUGGCCAAGAAAGCCGUAGAGAUGGGCGUGAGGUUGAUGGUGGAUGCAGAACAAACCUACUUCCAGCCAGCCAUCAGCCGCCUCACCCUGGAGAUGCAGCGCAGGUUCAACCAGCAGAGAGCGGCCAUCUUCAACACAUACCAGUGUUACCUGAAGGAAGCGUAUGACAACGUGACGGUGGACGUGGAGCUUUCGCGUCGGGAAGGCUGGCACUUUGGAGCCAAACUGGUGAGGGGUGCCUACAUGGAUCAGGAGCGUAGCAGGGCAGCCGAGGUGGGCUACGAGGACCCCAUCAACCCGACUUACCAGAAGACCAGCGAGAUGUACCACAGAUGCCUGGACUACAUCCUCGAGGAGAUCAAGCACCACCGGAAGGCCAGUGUGAUGGUGGCUUCCCACAACGAAGACACCGUCAAGUUCACUCUUCGCAGGAUGGCACAACUCGGCAUCCAUCCCUCUGAGAACAAGAUCUCCUUCGGGCAGCUGCUGGGCAUGUGUGACCAAAUCACCUUCCCUCUUGGCCAAGCUGGCUUCCCAGUAUACAAAUAUGUUCCCUACGGCGCUGUGAAUGAAGUGCUGCCUUACCUGUCCAGGAGAGCCCAGGAGAAUCGAGGCUUCAUGACCAGAGCCAAGCAGGAACAACACCUCCUCUGGACCGAGCUCAAGAGGCGGCUACUCUCAGGCACUCUUUUCUAUAGUCCAAGCCCACCAUAACUUGCCUUCAAGCACCAACUUCCAGUGUAGAAUAGAACUUCUUGGCCAGCCGCUGAGGAGAGCCGAUAACCUUGGCUGUGCUCACUGUGAGUGUCCAGGCCGUAGUGCUUUCCACACCGGCACCCAUGCAUACAGUGCCUUCUGAGUAUCUUUUCUGUGCUGCGACUACAUGGAGCCUGCUUCCUGCCACUUUGUGCUGUGCUUUUAUGCCAACUGGGUUUUGCCUUCAAGAGCACACCAAAGUUUGCUUUGGACUUGUCAUUGUUGGACUCAACCACCUCCAUCCUAAAUAAAAAGUUAUUGUGCAGAAGUUUUUUUGGCCUCUGUUAUGCAGGUAGCAUAAUGGAAAAUAACUGUUUGUGGAAGGGCUCUGCCCCACAAUUAAGGGCACUAGAGGACCCUGCCUGAGAACAUGCAGUGGGGAGCAGCCCAGCCUUUCUGCUGCAGCCUGGCUCUGAACCAGCAAGAGAAGGAACAACGGUGGCCUAAAUGAGAGGGAAGAUUGUAAGCCACAGUUUGCAGGAGUUUGAACCCGUUAGCUACGUUUUGCUCAAAAUGCAGCACUCAAGCCUUAAAUUGCUUAUAAAAUGAAUAAAGUUAUCGAAAACA